AUGGAGCUGACGGAGGAAUCUGGUGUUCAAUUUCCUGCGUUUCCUUUCGAGCCGUAUCCAAUUCAGUUGCAAUUUAUGAAAGCCGUGUACAGCGGAAUUCAGAAAGGCGGAGUUACGAUCGUUGAAAGCCCUACAGGAACGGGGAAGACUCUCAGUUUGAUUUGUAGUACGUUGCAAUGGCUUAUUGAUCAGCACGAGGAUUCCAGUGAUUUAGCUGGAGAUGUAGCAAAACUGUGCAAUUCUGUAGGAGAGGAACCUGAUUGGAUGUCAAAUUUCGAAGCAAAGAAGGAGGAGGAGGAAAAGAAGCGGAGGGAAGCCCGGAAGCGGACUUUGAAGACGAGAUUGGCGGAAAAGAGCCUGAAUCGAACUCCUGGAAAUCGAUCGGUGAUGCAUUUUGGGAGCGUGAUAGCAAGUAAGGAGGGUAGGAAAGGCCGAGAUGCAGUUCAUCAACCCCUGAACUAUAAGCCAUGCCCAGAUGACGACGACGAUUUAAUUGUAGACGACUACUUCAGUGACGAGGAAGGUUGUAAGGAGGCGAAGAGGAAACAGACGUCUGUGGACUCGAGCAGCAGUGAUGACAGUGGUGGAGAGAUCAGUGACGAUGAGGAGCCUUUGAAGGUUUUCUUCUGUAGUCGAACACAUUCCCAACUUUCCCAGUUUGUCGGAGAGCUCCAGCGCACCGUCUUCUCAUCCUCACUGAGAUCGGUUUCCCUUGGUUCUCGUAAAAACCUCUGCAUAAACCCUGGGAUCAGCGGUUGCGGUAUUGGGGAAUUCGGCUAG